AUGACUCAAAAUAAUGUUUACAAUAGAUCUUAUUUGACAAAACGAAAAACAACUGAACAAAAUGAGCCCUAUCAUGUAGUCAUUUUUCCAUGUGAUAAUUCAUUUUCAGUGGUUAAAUCUAAACAAUGUUCUCCAUCCGAAAAAGAUGGCUUUGUAUUGGCACAAUCUGAUGGAAAAAAAUUUAUAGGUUUUAUAUUUGAAACAGGUAGUUUUCAAGUAUGUAGCAAAUCAGCUGAUCGUUUAUCACAAAAGCAACAUGAAGAUAUAGAGAGUGAUUAUGAACGCAGUAAAGAAAACGUCGCACCAAAAGAUAUUAUUUCAAAUACUACUGAUAUGAAUCAUGUUACAACACCUAUUCGUCGAAAGCCAGGAAGUGAAAAAAAGUGGCAACAAAAUCGUAACCCAAACUGUCUGCCAAAUAAUGAUCCCACAAUAGCAACAACAACAAUGUCCACGUCUAUUACAACAUGUACUGAUCCAACAACUGUAUCAUUGUCUGCAUCAAACAAUUUGAAUGUAUGUCGACGUUCCAUGAUAGACUCAUCACCAUCUCCAGUUAAGAAAAAGAAAAAAUCCAAUAACAAGAAAAAAUAUUCUUCAUUUUCAUUGGAUUCAUCAGAUGAUGAAGAUAUAAUUCGUUCUAAUGAACAGAUUAAAACUCCACAAUUUCGUGGACGCAAUGUUAUUCAUGCUGAACGUGAUACAACAACAACAACACCACCACAUCCAGAAAAAUUAAAUGAUCAAAAUAAUAUUCUAGAGUUAAUUGAAAAAAAUAUUCGAUUCCUCUGCUCCUUAGUCAGCAAAAGUAUUCGUUUCAAUGGAAGAGCCUACCGAUAUCGACAACGACGAAAGGAGUUUCUCUUCAUUUAUAAAGCAGCUGACAAUGAACUUGGUAUUGAUUUGUUGAAAAUUCCAGCUACCAAAGAAAAAGCAAAUUUAUACGUUACAACAUUGAUACAACUGAUAUAUUCAAUAGAGGAAUUGGCUGAAUUGCAGCCGACUCAAACAUAUGAUGAUGAAAGAUACAAACUGAUCAAGGACGCUGUACGUGUUAAAUUUAAACUUACUGAAGAACAAUUAGAACAAAUGUUCAAUGAGUGGCUUCGAGAAGUCUUUUUAGCAAAACGGAGGGUGGCAGUGGCGAAACUCAAACCAAUAAAAGAUAGUGAUUGA